CGGAAGUCGGAAGGGCGCCGUCUCCGCUAUGGCGGGCGGUGGGCCGAUUUGUUACGCGCUCCUGUGUGGUCAGGCGGCGCUGUUGCUGGGCAACCUGCUCCUGCUGCAGGGGGUCUCCCGGACCCACCAGCACAACGCCACCGAGAGCCCCGCCGGCGCUCCAGAGGCAGAAGGGCAGCAGCGGCCCCCUCACGCAACCCCCGCCAGCCUCUGGGAAUACCAAGGCCCGUACGCGCCGCUGAUCCUCUGCGACCACCUACCUGAAGAAUUCAUAGACUGCGAGGAUCCUGUGGACCAUAACGGAAAUACAAGCGCACGGGAUGAAUUGGGUUACGGCUGUCUCAAGUUUGGUGGCCAAGCAUACAGCGACGUCAGCCACACCCGAGUCCUUUGCAGGGCAUUGGAUGGCAUUGAGUGUGCAGGAUCGCGAACCUUUCUGCGUGGGAGCAAGCCGUGCAUAAAAUACACUGGACACUACUUCAUUACCACUCUCCUCUACUCCUUUUUCUUGGGCUGCUUUGGAGUGGACCGCUUCUGCCUGGGCCACACAGGUACAGCUGUGGGGAAACUCCUGACCCUCGGUGGACUCGGCAUCUGGUGGUUUGUGGACCUGAUUCUUUUAAUCACCGGGGGACUCAUGCCCAGCGACGGGAGCAACUGGUGCACCAUUUACUGAAAAGCUCAUCAUUUCGGUUGCUGAAAAGCUUAUCGUUUCGGUCGGACUUAAUCCCGAGAGGAAAAAGCGAGGGGGCAGCCUGGCUUACACGAACCUACUGCUUGAGAGAAGAUCCACGGAGACCAAAGAGACUGGAGAUGUGGUGUAUUUAUUUUCCCGUGGAACUGGGAUGGGGUGAAACAGAAAAAAAAAAUGCCAACCAUGAUUUCUGCAGUAUAUAUACCUCAUUGUUUAAAAGUUGUUCUCCUCUUUACAGAAAAACUGUACAUUUAUUUAUGAAUUCCAUGCCAUUUUUCACAUGUCGCGCUACUCCACUCCUGCAUUUCAGCUUUCUGGGUUCUUGCUGCUGUGGGUUUAGAAGUUUUUAAUAAUAGGUCCACUUGCUGGCAUUAGCUGGCAGGAAUUUGCAAGGUUUAAGGCUGUACUAAAAGACGGUGAUGUUUAUUUACUUCCAAUUUUAGGAGUGUGGCACUCCUUUCCCCCUUUGAGUAUAAACCAGAAGUCCUUAAAUAAAGUCCCUCUUAAUGUUUUUGUGCAUA